CCAGACAGGCUCUAUAUCAAUAGAUGGGAAAUCCACAUAUUUUGGUCGUUCCUUUUCCAGCCCAAGGCCAUGCAAUUCCUCUCAUGGAGCUCUCACAAAUCUUGAUCAAACAUGGCAUCAAAAUCACAUUUGUGAACACUGAAUUCAAUCACAAACGAAUCACAAAUGCACUGGGCAAAGAACCUGAAGGGCAAGUUCAUUUUGUUUCGAUCCCAGAUGGGAUGGGUGCGGAGGAAGACAGGAAUCAUAUAGGGAAGUUGGUUGAAGCAUGCUUGAAGUUCAUGCCUAAAUUGGCACUGGGUCUUGAACUCUCCAACAGACCAUUUCUCUGGGUUGUGAGACCAAAUAUCAUAGAGGGGAAAGAUGACGCGUACCCAGAAGGGUUUCGUAACAGAGUGGCUGAUCGUGGAAAGAUGGUGGGUUGGGCACCACAACGAGCAGUUCUGAAUCAUCCUUCCAUUGCUUGCUUCAUAAGCCAUUGUGGUUGGAAUUCCACUAUGGAAGGCGUAAGCAAUGGAGUUCCUUUCUUGUGCUGGCCCUAUUUCGCGGACCAAUUCCUAAACGAGAGCUACAUUUGUGAUAAUUGGAAGGUGGGAUUGAAAUUUGAGAAAGAUGAAAAUGAUAUUAUUAGAGGAGAAGAGAUUAAGAGCAAAGUAGAGAAACUACUGAGUGAUGAGAAUUUUAAAGCGAGGGCUCUUGAAUUGAAGGAGAAGACCAUGAACAGCAUCAAAGAAGGUGGUUCCUCUGAACAAAAUCUCAACAGUUUCAUUGAAUGGGUGAAAUCAUGUAUGAAAUAAUGCAAUAAAAUCAGGGCUGCAAGUUGGUCCUGGGUUAUCCAUGGCCAAACCUGAUCCAAUCCAAUUCGUUGGAUUGGGUUGAUUCCUCAUGUAAUUUGGUUUUGCUUUGGUUUGGAUUCUUAAGAAACCAAAUUAGUUGGU